AUGUCUGGAGAUCCAGAAGAACGACGACCAUUGCUUGCUCCGACGGCAGAAUCCAUCUCCAAAGUCAAGAUAUGGCCCCUAAUCGUGCACAUUCGCAAAGAUGUGACUGAAUCACUGGAUACUGCUCUCUCCUGGGAACAGCUGACGGCGUCUGACGUCAACUUUACCAUUAUACGGCCCCUGGUCCUUCGAUAUGCCUCGCUGAGGAACAUGGCUACUGUCUUUGCGUUUCUCGUCGUGCGGGCCCAUUUCCUCUCAAGCGCAGAGGGAGACCUCGCGCACGCUCACAUCAAGCUUUCGAGAGCUAAUUUAUGCGAGCUGAUGGCUAUCAAGAUGCUCCGGCACUUUGCAAAGAACCAGAUAGAGUUGGUGGCCGUUCUAACCGUAACUUGGAACCCAAUUGCUGGUGCGCCACAAGAGGUCAAAGAUAACGUGCAGAAACUUGUUGGAGGUCACGAAGACGACCUGGACGAUCCAGCUUCCGCUAUCGAGGUCGCAAUCGCUACGGAGAGCAAACACUUUCUAUCCACGCCCCUCGCACAGACGGUGAUCAACGACAUUUACACAGGCCGUGUCGUUUACACUGUUGCCUCGACUCGCUCUAUCAUCGCGGACAAUUACAAGCAGCGUCAAAUUGAGAUUUAUGAUCCGAAGAAUGCGCCUUGGCUCGAUCAUUACCGGCUUCGUGUACCAAAGUAUGGCCAAAUCCUGGAAUUUCUCAACUUCACCCUUCUGCUGUUGACAUUUCUCCUUUGCCUUUCGAACAAGAAAUUCGACAAGAUCAACAUCUAUGAGCUCAUCUUCAUGAUAAUCGCUCUUUCAUUUGCGCUCGGAGAAUACGCAGCUGCGCGUGAGCACGGAUGGGAGAUCUACAUGGCCGACAUGUGGAAUGGGUUCGACAACGCCUUCAUCGCCAUUUUCUUCGUAUAUUUUGGCCUCCGGAUCAAGGGCCUCCUGUCUGGAGAUGAUUGGUUUUCCGACCUAGCGUUCGAUAUUAUGGCCUGUGGGGCGUGCAUUCUGUUCCCUCGCCUCGCUUUUUUUGCCAUUUCCAAUAACGUCUUCCUAUUUUUCAUCAUGAUCGCCGCUAUAUGUUUCUCCGGUCUUCUUUUUACAUUGUGGGAACUUGCUGGCGGAACUUGGACGGUGAAGAAUACGGCAUGGCUAAUGAUUCAGAUCUGGUUUGGAAACACAAGUCUUUCUUUUAACCAAGCCAGUAGUUUCCAUCCUGUCUUCGGUCCACCUCUCAUGGUCAUCUAUGCAGCACUCUCCAACACCCUCCUAAUUACUAUCCUCAUUUCCAUCCUGUCGAACACGUUUGCUCGGAUUGACCAGCAUGCGACACAAGAAUACUUGUUCCAAUUUGCAAUCUCUACAGUCGAAGGUGUCAAAUCUGAUGCACUAUUUUCGUAUCAACCUCCCUUUAACCUGUUGGCGUUCUUUCUCCUCGCCCCUCUCACAUUAUUUGCGUCACCAAGGACCCUACACUCCGUCAACGUCUUUCUCAUCCGCCUCACAUCGUUCCCUAUUCUCAUUGCAAUCAGCAUCUACGAGCGGUACCUUGCACCAGGUCGACGCUUCUUUGAGAACAGUAAAACACGCGCAAACGCCUUCAUUAACAGUCUCCCUCGACACAUCAAAACCGUACCACUCAUCGAUGCACUCGUGCGAUCCAGUGGGACAGAUUUGCUGGAAGCGAUAUUCGAAAUCGACAUUGACGAAGCCCACCUUGAACCCCUUUUCAAUCCAGAAGACAAUUUCUUUGAUCGCGCUCAGAUUUUGACACAGCAGUCUGACCCUAACCGGAGUCGUGCUGCAAGUAUCGCUGCUGGAACAACUCCAAGCAAGGAAGUGACUGCCUUGCCUACUCAGCCCGACUCGCUCGGGGUUCCCGAAGCACAGGGCUCACGCACACCUCGAGCCAGGUCUCCAGCACGAGGGAACGGAGCGGCUUCGCCUCCGACCGGCCCAGCAGCCACCAGCGCAAACGCAAACACAGCCAACCCUUCCGGUAUUACACAAACAUCCGACGCCAACCGGCUACGGAAACGCUCGCAGACGCCAGCGCGUCCACGAUCGAACCUUAUUGCUGUCGACGAAGAUUUGCAAACUGGCUUCCAAUCUCCCCUCGCGCGACUGUUCUCGAGCGCUGCUCGAAAACCACCGCGACCUAUCGAUUAUGCACCGUCGAAUUUGGAACUAGAGGAAACGUUGAUCGGGAUCAAGAGAUUGCAGGGAGUAGUGGAAGAGUUGAAGGAUGAGAGAGGGGCCUCAGUGCAGAGGUUACGAGGAGACAUCAAAGAAUUGCAGGAGCGUCAAGCGCGGAUCGAGACGCUCUUGAUGACGUUGACUCGUGGAAUGCGCGGUGAUACGGUCGGAAAGUCGAGUCCUCCUAUCUAG